AUGUUAAGAACAUGUCUUUCGAGUUGCUCACGGGCAGUCGCGUCAACGUCCCAAACCAACGCAUUUCACACUUCCGCCCCCACCCUUUCGCAAGCCACAAAACGAAUAGGCGUUCGUAACAAGAAGAAAAACCUGCAAAAGACCGCCCAACGCCUUCAAGAAGCCGCUGCCAAUCGACCGAGCGUCGUUCUGGGCACACGCACCGCCGAGGAGGAGGAGAAGUGGAAGAACUGCCUCCUCUCCAAGAUCCUCGUGAAUGAGGCCGAGCUCGCCUCUACGACGGAGCUCACCAAGCAGAACUUCCCCGUUGGCGACCUCGAACUGCCCAAACAGUUCGGACAUGGUGUUGCGCAGACCGAGAAGGAGCUGCUCUUCCGCGACCUGCCGAUGGCUUCUGCUCAGAUUGGGACAGAGGUAGGGAAGGAGGAAGCUAAAAUGGGAGAUGGGGUGUUGGAGGAGGACGAGUUAAGGGAACAGAGGAAGGCGAACUUGCUGGCGAAAGCGCUUGACUUGAGGAAUGCAAAUGCGGGAGGUAUCGCGUUCGAGAACAGGCGGCGUAUUAUCCACGCCUUCUCGACUCCUGAAAACCCUUUCGAUCCUGGAAGGACUGAGGUCCAAGUCGCUCUCCUGACCUACAAAAUUCGAAACUUGUGGAAGCACCUUCCACAAUUCAAGGCGGAUGUUGCAAACAGGCGAAGCCUCCGAAAGCUGAUCCACCAACGUGGUGCCCUCCUUCGAUACCUCAGGAACAACAACAGAGACCGCUACGAGACAGUGCUAGAACAACUCGCGCUAGAGCCCGAGGCUGUUGAAGGCGAACUGGUCGUAUAA